AUGCACUGUAGUAUGCGCUUUGAAGACCAGUUUGACACUGCCGCUUUGGCAUUUUACACUCAAUCGCAGUCCACUCUGCUGAGCAUCUUCUCCCAGGAGUACCAGAAACAAGUGAAAAGAACACACGCCAAGCAUCACACUGCUGAGGCUGUUGAAACUUACUACCAAAGGUACCUGAAUGGGGUGAUGAAAAAUGCAGCUGCCCCUGUGUUACUGGAGCUGGCCAAUGAGGCGGACUUUGCCCCAUCAUUGAUGGCUCGCAUUGUAUUAGAAAGAUUUCUGCAAGAACAAGAACAAGGCAUCCCCUCCAAGACUCUCAUAAAUAGUAUGUUACGGGACCCUUCUCAGAUUCCAGAUGGAGUUCUAGCAAACCAAGUCUAUCAGUGUACUGUGAAUGACUGUUGUUAUGGACCACUGGUGGACUGCAUCAAACACGCUAUUGGGCAUGAGCAUGAAGUCUUGCUGCGAGAAAUGCUUUUGGAAAAAAAUCUAUCUUUCAUAGCUGAAGAUCAGCUUCGUGCAAAGGGUUAUGACAAAACACCAGACUUUAUUUUAGAAGUACCAGUAGCUGUCGUCUUUGGAGAUUCACAGGAAGACAUCAAGGGCUUGGCUGUUGAAGGACACAUAAUUCACUGGAUUGAAAGCAAGGCCUCCUUUGGUGAUGAAAGUAGCCACCAAGCCUACUUGCAGGACCAAUUUUGGAGCUACUGGAAUAGAUUUGGCCCUGGAUUAGUCAUCUAUUGGUAUGGAUUUAUUGAAGAGCUGGACUGCCAUCGUGAGCGUGGUAUCCUGCUAAAAGACUGCUUUCCUACUGACAUUGUGACUCUGCGACACAGCAUGGCUUAGCACUGAUGUUGGGAGGAAGAGGUAAAUCCGGAAGCAAUUUUACUUUCCUGCAGUGUAAACUAAUAGCAGCAUCUGCCCUGAACUUCAGCUGAACUCCUGCUGCCUGUGUUCAUGCUACUGCCUCUUUAGACAAACAUAUCAGGAGUUUCUGUUUUGCUUCAGACCUCUGUUGUGAUCAGCCAAAAAAGACAGACACAACCCACUCAUUAUCAGCAUUUCUCUCUCUGUCAAACAGUUAGUUUAUAGAUAUUCGUAAUCUUCCUUCCUUCCGGAUGGCUUCUGCUAGCAUUCUAAACAAAGAAAAAAUACAGAGGCUGAAAGGUGCAACUUUCAGUUCUUCUCCAAAGUUUUUUGGUACGGUUUCACUCACAAGUUUAUUAAAUGUUAGUGAUGUGGCUGAAACACCUACAGUGACGUGGAAAUUUGAUUAAGGCUGAUAUUCUGAGUCUUAAAACAACAUAGUGCAUAGCUCAGAAAGCCCAAGUGGUAUGACAGGGUCAUAUCAUUUCUGGCUGUAGUAAGCAGGCAGAUAUUGUGAGAAUUAUUGGUAUGUGUGUUUCCUUACUUUAUCUGAUUGAUUGUUAAAAAACCAACAGAAUCCCAGAUUAACAAUAAGAAAGUAUUCAAGUUAGGGUUUUUUUGUGAGGGUGGAAGGGAAGAGCAAGGAUUUAUUUUAUGCAUGUGAGUUUCUAAACUUUGUAGUAUGUAUUCAUUUGUAUAUAAAAAAUGUAAUAACUCCAAAAUAAUUUGGGUUUUUAUCUUUCUCUGUUUUAUUUA